AGUUCGGGUCGGGUCACGCAUUCUGCUUAUUUCUCUUCAAUGAGGGCCCACCAUUACACGUGUUAAUUUGCCAUUUGCUACCGCAUGCAGAGAACAUGCGGUGGUCGGACCGAAUAAUUUUUCCCCAAACAGACCCUGAUACCGUUGGAGCAUGUCAUGGAGCUAAAGAGGACCAUGCGGAAUAAGAAUUACAUAUUGGGGCGGGCAAUGGUGCUCGUUAGCUCGGCCCAGCGAAUGAUGGCCGCAUCCUUCCUCUCCUGCUCUGGGUUGAGCUAGCGAUUGCAAUUGCUCCUCCGCAUCCAUCAAAAUUUUUUUAUAUAAACCGUACAGCUCCACGAUUUCCACGGGACACUCCACAGCCCCAAAAUCCCCAAAUCCCCUAUUCCCAUUUCCAACCGCCAUGAAAUCUCAGGCGAAACCCGGAGUCUGCAACGCCUUCGUCCCACUACUUCCAGAGAUCGAACCACCCGAUUCACCUCCCCCCGUCGGCGCAUCCUUCUCCAGCGCCGUCUUUAACAUCUCCACAAGCAUUAUCGGAGCUGGCAUCAUGUCAAUCCCAGCAACCCUUCGCGUCCUCGGCAUCGGCCCCGCCUUCUUCCUCCUCGCCGUCGUCCCCUUCCUCUGCGACGCAUCAGUCGAGUUCCUCAUGCGCUACACCGCCGCCGGAGACUCGCCGGCGGAUGCCUCCUACUCAGGCGUCAUGGCGGAGUCCUUCGGCCGAAUGGGCUCGCUAGGGCUUCUGAUCUGCGUCGCGCUUACCAAUAUGGGAGCGCUCAUCAUGUACCUCAUCAUCAUCGGGGACGUGCUGUCAGGGAACAGAUCAGAGGGAACGGUGCAUUUGGGCGUGUUACAGGAGUGGUUUGGGGAGGAGUGGUGGACGGGGAGAGCGGCGGCCAUUGCUGUUACAGUCUUUGUUGUGAUGCUUCCUCUGGUGCUUCUCCGGCGAGUAGAUUCUUUGAGAUUUACAUCAGCAGUUUCAAUUCUCCUUGCGGUGGUCUUUGUUUUCAUCAGCUUGGGAAUGGCCAUCUAUGCUCUGUUCCAUGGCACCAUUCAAACACCCAAACUGCUUCCGGAUUUUACCCACCAUUCCUUCUUGGAGCUCUUCACUGCCGUUCCUGUCAUUGUUGUAGCCUUCACCUUCCAUUUCAACGUACACCCAAUCCGGGCAGAGAUGAGGCGUGUCUCAGACAUGACUCCAGCUGUGCGUGCCUCCCUUCUUCUCUGCUCAGUCAUCUAUGCCACUGUUGGGCUUGCCGGUUACCUCCUCUUCGGUGAAGAGACAAUGUCCGAUGUGCUUUCUAACUUUGAUAGGAGCCUAACGAGCCCUCUUCUUGACGUUGUGGUCCGGCUGAGCUAUGCUCUCCACCUGGUGCUGGUGUUUCCUUUGAUCUUCUACUCGCUUCGGCUCAACAUAGAUGAGCUUCUCUUCCCCAAGGCACGGUUGCUGCUCGUAGCUGACACUAGCAGGUUCUUGUGUCUUACUGCUCUGCUGUUGGUUUUUAUUUACCUGGCAGCGAUGGUCAUUCCCAACAUAUGGGUGGUGUUUCAAUUCGCCGGCUCAACCACAGCAGUCUGCCUAUCCUUGAUCUUCCCAGGAGCCAUCGUUUUAAGGGAUGUACAUGGGAUAUGUAAAAGAAAGGACAAGCUUUUGGCUGGAACCAUGAUUGCAAUAGCUGUGAUUACAAGCUGCAUUGCCAUCUACUCUGAUUUCAGCAACUUAUUUGACGGUAGAAUGAAGAGCAGCAACUCCCAAUAAGAAAUUGUUAAAAUUUGCGGCUUUGAUUGUAGAAAGUGCACAAUUCUGUCACAUUUGA